CAGUUCCUUCUGAGUAGUUAAUGUCAUGCUUCCUUGGAGGGUGGAUUUCGGAAUCUUGGUGCUUCCUGUUUGUUGUCACAUAUGACAAACUGCCGAACAAGACGCUUGAGACUGAAACUGACGCCCGACCGUCGAGGGAGUGCACUGUGCGGGCAGGGCGAUGAUGUGAGGACCGGGGCGCGUAAAUCUUUUAUCUGAGGAAUGGUCGCUGGUGAUAGUGGGAUUGGUGGGUUCCCCACUUGCUCCUGACCCAUAUUCCUGGGGAAACUGAUGUUGAGAGGAAGUACGUGGGGAGUAUUUUGUCUGUAGAUGGUUUAUUCUGCGCGCUCAGCUCCGGGACCAGCGGUGGGGUCCGUGCUCUAAUCCAGCCUCCUCAUCUCUGGGCAUCUUUGACAGCAGUUUCUCUUUCCAGGCUUCAGAGAUUCACUAACCGCUCGUCCUCCGCGGGAUCACCUGCAAUGAGACCGCUUUAAUCCACCCCGUCUCUCUCAGUUUGUUUCUUCUUCUUAUUUCUACUAGAGAAGAGAAGAAAGACGCGCGGAAAUCAAUCUUCAUCUGCAAGUCUCCGUGUGUCUGUCGCACUGGAGGUAAAACAAUGGAAAUCCCGGUGAAAGCAGCGAUGGCUCUCCUGAUUCUCAGUUUGGGAACUGCUUUGUGUGCAGAGGUAGAGGAGCGGUUGGUGAGUCAUCUGUUGUCACCGGAGCGCUACAACAAGCUCAUCAGACCAGCCGUAAACAACAGCCAGCAGGUCACCAUCUUUAUCCAAGUGUCUCUGGCCCAGUUGAUCAAUGUGAACGAGAGGGAGCAGAUCAUGACCACUAACUGUUGGCUCACUCAGGUAUGGAAUGACUACAGGUUAAUGUGGGACCCUGAAGCGUACGAGGGUAUCAAGAAAAUCCGCCUUCCAUCACAGCACAUCUGGCUGCCGGACAUUGUCCUCUACAACAAUGCCGAUGGGACCUAUGAAGUCUCCUUCUACUCCAAUGCUGUGGUCUCCAACAACGGUGAUGUCGCCUGGCUUCCGCCAGCCAUCUAUAAGUCGGCUUGCAAAAUAGAAGUCCGUGAUUUCCCCUUCGACCAGCAGAACUGCACCCUCAAGUUUCGCUCUUGGACCUACGACCACACAGAGAUUGAUCUCAACCUUCUCAGCGAUUUUGCCUCGCGUGAUGAUUUCAAACCCAGUGGCGAGUGGGAUAUUGUUUCAUUGCCUGGACGCAAGAACGAAGACCCUAACGACAUCAGGUACCUGGAUAUCACCUAUGACUUUAUUAUCAAAAGAAAACCUUUAUUUUACACCAUCAACCUGAUCAUCCCUUGCAUCCUGAUAACUUCCUUGGCCAUUCUGGUCUUCUACCUCCCGUCAGACUGUGGUGAGAAGAUGACUCUCUGUAUCUCUGUCCUUCUGGCCCUGACUGUGUUUUUACUCCUAAUCUCAAAGAUUGUACCUCCUACAUCUUUAGCAGUGCCUCUGAUUGGGAAGUACCUGAUGUUUACGAUGGUGCUGGUCACCUUUUCCAUUGUUACCAGUGUUUGCGUGCUCAAUGUGCACCAUCGCUCCCCCAGUACUCACACCAUGCCUCCUUGGGUCAAGCGUGUCUUCUUGUACAGGCUCCCCUCUUACCUCUUCAUGCGGAGACCUGGUAGCUCCAACAUGCGCGAGAAGUUCCGAAAAAAGCACCAGCAGCAAUCAAACUUGGACCAGAAGCUGUGCGGAGCAGAUGGGGGGACUGGAAGUCCUGGAGGAAUCGCAGAUUCUUCCUCAUCCUUCUUCAUCAACGAGGAAUCGGCCAAACGAUACGACUGGAAGAUGAAAACGAACGACUUGUCAGAGAACACAGAUUUCAGAAAGAGGAUGACGCUCAAAAGCAACAUUGAUGUAGAGGACGCGGUGGACGGAGUGCGCUACAUCGCUGAGAAGAUGAAGAGCGAGGAUGAUGAUGAAGGGAUCAUUGAAGACUGGAAGUAUGUGGCCAUGGUGAUCGAUCGUCUCUUUCUGUGGAUCUUUGUGUGCGUGUGUGUGGUCGGGACGCUCGGCCUCUUCAUGCAGCCCCUGUUCCAGAGCUAUAACACCCCCAUUGUUGAUGACAUGGACCACAACUGAAACUUAAAACCUGAACUUUGAUGUCAACAUGACAUGACCCGGACAUGAAUUUUACAAACAGAGCCCUGAAAACAUUUGAACACAUAAAGUCACUCGUCUGCCUCACUGGGAAUGGUUACGAUGCACUUUAGCCCUCUACCACCACAUUCUCCCUCUUCCUCCCCCAUCAUCGUGACUCAUUGUCAUUCACAGCAUCUAUUUAUUUCAGUGCAAAUGAUAAAUCUGCUCCUUACAUAUUUUUAUACUUUUUAGCAUUCAGUAAACAGCUGUGAAGGACAUUACACUUAUACUAGUGACACAACAAUGUUUCUGCCCCCCACAUUUAAUGUCAAAAGGUUGCCGUUACAGUAGCUGUGUUUGUGUCAUUGCAGUCAUAACAGUCAGUAUCCAUCAUCUCAGAAACCAGCAACAGUAACAGUGCUCAGUAUUUUAUUCACUCUAACUUGAAGCAAAUGAACACUCUGGUGCUUAAUUUGCUUUGUCUUCCAUCAUACUGUAUCUUGUUUAAAUCAGCCUGACAUCAGAAACAUGACUUGAAUCUGUGUCCACUGCACAACCAUCAUACGUCACAAUUAGCCAAGGAAAAACAGUAUCACGCUAAUGCAGAAAUAUCAUUUUCUUUCAUAUAUUUUUUGAUUUGCAAAUUAAAUCAAACUCUUUCUUCUCUUUCCACCCACUGGACAAUUAUGUUAUGUAAAAUGUUAAGUUUUGUCCGUCUAGACAAUAAAUGCAGAGAAUUGGAA